UUCCUUGCAGACAUCUGAUCGAUUCACACAUAACAAUGUCAACUAAAAAUGAAAAAAUUGGGAUUAUUGGAAGCGGAUUAAUUGGACGUAGCUGGGCGAUGCUUUUUGCCGGCGUAGGAUACCAAGUGACUAUCUAUGACAUUGUUCCGGAUCAAAUUAAGAACGCAUUGGAGGAUAUCUGUCAGCAAUUGAAACGUCUUGAAACUAGCGGUCUUCUCCGUGGUACACUGACAGCGGAUCAGCAAUUUAAUUUGAUAAAGGGAUCAUUGGAUUUAGCGGAGACUGUGAAAGGAGCAAAACUAAUCCAAGAAUGCGUGCCAGAAAAUCUCUCGUUGAAGUCGAAAAUUUACAACGAUCUUGAUAAAGUCGUUGAUAACGAAGUAAUUUUGUCAUCUUCGACGUCCACGUUCCGUCCGUCUCUUUUCAGCGAAAAGCUAAAACACCGUGAACAAAUUAUCGUCUCCCACCCUGUAAAUCCUCCUUAUUAUGUGCCACUCGUUGAAAUCGUGCCAGCCCCAUGGACACGUUCUGAUAUUCCUGAGAAAACAAGAGCCAUCAUGACAGAAAUUGGUCAGAAACCAGUUGUUUUGAACAAGGAAAUUGAUGGUUUUGCACUCAACAGAAUCCAAUAUGCAAUAUUAAAUGAAGCCUGGAGAUUGGUGGCUGAUGGAGUGUUAAAUGUAAAAGACAUCGAUAUAGUUAUGAGCGAAGGUCUUGGAAUGCGUUACGCUUUUAUUGGUAUGUUCGAAGCCGCGCAUUUGAAUGCCGAAGGAAUGAAGAAGUAUUGCGAAACGUAUAAUAAAUCGAUUUACGAUACGAGCAUGACUUUCGGACCAACCCCCAAAUUCGUCGGUGAGAUGGCAGAGAAGAUCAGCAAUGAAUUGAACGAGAUAUGUCCGCUCGAUAAAUUGCAAGAGCGACGCGCAUGGCGAGAUACUGCCUUGACGAAGUUGUCUAUGCUUAAGAAAGAGUUGGAGUAGAAAAAACAAUAAAAAUUUAUGUAUUGUACAUAUCCAAUUGAUGUGCCAACACCGAAACCAUUCAUAAAACAGAUAUGUUCACAAGGCCUCUGCAGGCAAGGUUGGGAACAUUACUUCAUAAAAAUAACGUUAUAGUUACCUAAGAAAC